AUGUCUCACCGAGUGGUGUUUGUGUUGUUUCUCCUUUUAUGUUGCCACUCCAGUUGGCUGACAUAUGCGCAAACCAUCAGUGGCCGUGAGAAAAGCAGAAUCACGUUGUUUGAACGAAAUGUAUCUACAGUGCCGUUUGAGGAGAAUGGAAAAACUGUUGAAAGAAAGGUCCAUUCAUUUCGUGUUCCUUCUCUUAUUGACGUGGACGGGGUGAUGGUUGUCAUCGCUGACGCUCGCUAUGUCGACUCUAAUGAUAACUCCUUCAUUGAAACACUGUCAGCGCACAGCGUGGACGAUUUGAAGACGUGGACAACACAAAUUGCAAUCAAGAACAAUCGCGUGAGUACAACAAAUUCCCGUGUGGUGGACCCCACAAUCAUCGUGAAGGAUAAGAAGAUCUUUGUUUUUGUUGGAAGCUACAAUACGUCAAACAACUACUGGCAGUGGCAUCCUGGAACAGAUUGGGAUCCUCUCUUGGUUGUUGGUGAGGUCAGCAAGACAAACGAAAAUGGUGAGGUGAAAGCAACAAUCAAAUGGAGUAAACCCAAACGAGUGAAUUAUGGAAACCCCCCCGAAUUUCGUGGUUCGCCCAUGGAGCAAUUCCUUGGUGGUACGGGUGUUGCCAUAGUAAUACAAAAUGGAACCCUUGUUUACCCCAUACAAGUCAAGAAUAAAAGAGGUCAAUUCUUUUCCACAAUCAUGUAUUCCAAAGAUGAUGGUGAGACAUGGAAGAUUGGGAGUGGCGUGGAAGCACUAGGAUGCACUGAACCCGUUAUUCUUGAAUGGGAGGGGAAACUCGUAUUGAACGCACGGACGGACGGUGGCUAUCGCAAAGUCUUUGAAUCCACAGACAUGGGAGAAACAUGGGUGGAAGCUGUGGGAACACUCUCCCGUGUGUGGGGCAACUCACCAACACGUGAAGGCCCUGGCAGCCAGAGUAGUUUUAUACCCGUGACGAUUGAGGGAAAGCGUGUGAUGUUGUUUACCCAUCCGUUGAAUUUCAAGGGAAAGUGGGAGCGAGACCGACUCCAUCUUUGGUUAACGGAUAACAACCGCAUAUUUGAUGUUGGUCAGAUUUCCGUUGGCGAUGAGAAUGCUGCCUACAGUUCUCUGCUAUACAAGAAUGAUAAGUUGUACUGCCUACACGAGGUAAAUCAUAACGAGAACUACAGUAUUGUGUUUCUGGAGCUGAAAGAGGAGUUGAAUUUAAUCAAGUCUGUGGUGAAGACCUGGAUCGAUCAGGACAAUAACUUCUCGAGUAUUUGCAGUUCUACUGAACCGAAGUUGGUGGCGCCUCGUGAAAAGAGAUGUGAUGCUUCUUUCCCCACAGCUGGGCUUGUUGGAUUCCUUUCAGAUAAAGUUAACAAUAAUCACUGGAGAGAUGCGUACCGCUGCGUAGAUGCUGAAAUAGCACAUGCAGAGAAGGUGCCUAAUGGUUUGAGGUUCAAAGGAGGAUAUGGUGGUGGGGCGCGGUGGCCAGUGAGUAAACAAGGGCAGAAUCAGCGAUAUCACUUUGUAAACCACGUAUUCACUCUGGUGGCAACCGUUAAAAUAGAUGAACAACCCCCAGAAACAAGAGUUCCAGUCCCGCUGUUGGGUGUGAGCCUUGUUCACCAUGAUUACUACAAGGUUCUUGGACUCUCCUACACCCAUGAUAUGGAGUGGAAUCCUAUAUAUGGAACGGAUUCGUAUAUGCGAACAGGGUCAUGGGAAGUAAACAAAACGUAUCAAGUGGUGCUCACAGUAAACAAGAGAGUGGGAUCUAUCUAUAUUGACGGUAAGCUUCUGUAUGGCUCACCGACUUCGCUUAAGUACAGGGUGUGGAGACCUGAUGUUUCACACUUCUACAUUGGUGGGUAUAAGAGGCGUAAUGUGUACUCGGAUAGUCGUGUGACUGUGACGAAUGUUUUUCUGUACAACCGGGCGUUGAGUCAAGACGAAAUCAAUACGCUGUUGUUAAACAAAGGCUCAGAUGUAGAGGCAAUUAAGAAGAAGCCAACGGAAGUAGUACCGAGAGACAGUGUGAGGCCACCAAAGCGUAAAGAAAAUAAACCAAGAGCGGAGACACGGCAAAAACGAAGCACUGAUGGCACCAGUAGUAGUAAUAAUAUUGGUACUGCUGUUGAUGCUGCCAGAGGCGGAAAUGAUAUGAGAAAUGAUGUCUGGACUGAAACGCCUGAAAGUAAGAACGAAGAACCGCCGAAGAAUACGAUUGAUGAUACGAUUGACGAUACGAUUGACGGUGCCCACGAAUCCACGGAGACCCCAACAGAGACGACAGACCAGAUUGCAGGCGCAUUGAAUGCUUAUUUGAACGGCAAAUCAGAGUUACCUACCGGUGAUGGAUCUUUUUACUUUGUUCCUCGUCUGCCAUUACUAGCUCUUCUGGGCUCAACUUUUAUUGUGGCUCUGUUUUGA